AGCUUCCCCUCUCCAUCUCCAACUCCAAUACAAAAACUGGUCUCCUCCCUGAAUCAAUUGAUUAGUUUUCACAGGUGCUAAAUUAUUUAUUUAUUUAUUUUAAUUUUAUGGUCCGAUCGUUAGUUUGAAAUCGAACUUUAUCGUCGGGAGGUAUUAGGUUUUUGGAUAAUAUUCUAACAGGGAAGAUCUAGGGUUUUGAAUAAUCGGGAGAAUCAACCAUGUUUAAUCGGCUUUUUGGGAAACCUAAACAGGAAACCAAUGCUUUAACCACGCUUGAGAAGUUAAAUGAGACUCUUGAAAUGCUUGAGAAAAAGGAGAAAGUACUCCUGAAAAAAGCUUCUACUGAGGUUGAAAGGGCCAAGGAAUACUCCAAAGCAAAGAACAAAAGAGCUGCUAUACAAUGUUUGAAGAGGAAGAGGCUGUAUGAACAGCAGAUAGAGCAGCUUGGGAAUUUUCAAUUGCGCAUUCAUGAUCAGAUGAUUUUGUUAGAGGGUGCUAAAGCCACAACUGAGACUGUAGAUGCAUUGAGGACAGGAGCAGCUGCAAUGAAGGCAAUGCAGAAAGCAACGAAUAUUGAUGAUGUGGACAAGACCAUGGAUGAGAUCAAUGAGCAGACUGAGAACAUGAAACAGAUCCAGGAAGCAUUGUCAACUCCUAUUGGUGCAGCUGCAGAUUUUGAUGAGGAUGAGUUGGAAGCAGAGCUUGAAGAACUGGAAGGUGCAGAGUUGGAAGAACAGCUCCUUCAGCCUGCAACCACAGCUCCAGCAGCUCCAGUGGUAGCUCCUGCUGGCAGGCAACAAAAUCACCCUGUUCCACAGAAGCGGACAGCUGAGGAAGAUGAACUAGCUGCCUUACAAGCUGAGAUGGCACUUUAAGCAGGUCUCAGAGGCUUUGGUAAAAUUUAUAUCGCGCGAAAUACCGUGCCACUUUUAUCUCAGAGUAUACAGAAUUGGGGUGAUGUCAUUUAACAUGGGUAUAGUUUGGAGUCUUGUCUCUAGAUGAUGUGCUUGCGGGAAAAAAAAAAAAAAAAGGUGAUAUUGAAAUUUUUUUCCCUUUUUUUUGUUUUUUUACCGCAUAUACAUAUAUAUCACUCCAAUCUUAAACAAAAAUAUCAUAAUAGUAACUUAUUUUCUUAAAAUGCCUUCGUUGAUGUAAUUCAUACAGAAAAAGAGAAUACACAACAGUAAUCUCUCUCUUUUUACUCAGCCUUCUCGUAAGGGAAAAAAUCUCUACAA